ACUGAAUAAAUGAAUUUAAGCUCUAUUCGGGCAAACAAUGUCACUUUGACGUUAGAAAUAUUGUAGACAAUCUUAUUGGGAUCACAACGGAAUCGAAAACACGUCCAUUUUGACAUUUCGUUUACUUAUCGAUUUUUAAAGAUCUUAAAUGUGUCUUAAUCAUUCUUCGAAUCGGGCCGUCACGCGCACGGUCCGCGCCUCGCUGGGUGACUUGCGCACCCGUGGUAGGGCUGCAUUGUGCCUGCGCGUGCGCGCACAGCUGCGCGUUAUCAGUAACCGUUAUGUUGUGCGAUGUUAGUCUCUGCUGACUAUUUUGCACUCAGUGUUUAAAAAUUCGGUCAAUUGAGACAUGCGCAUCUAAAUGUCUAUCUGACAAAAUUCUGGAUUGAAUUUCGAUGUUUUGUGAAAUAUAUCAAAGUUCAAUGACCGUUGUGGUGGUCAAAGGCUUUUUUAUAAUAUUUGCGGCAAUACGGGAUUAAGUCCAAUAGGACUGCUAUUGUAUUACAAACCCCUUGUAAAUUAAAAAUGCUGAUUAUAUGUUUAUGGGUAUCACUUGCGAUGUCAUGUACCGGAAUUACCGGAUACCACUACCGAACCCAAAAUAAGCUCCAAGCAAAGGGAAGAGAACAGACAACCCUCCUUCGCCGCCGGGUGCUGGAUCUGCAGCACUAUCCGCGACGGCAAGACGACGGCUACCACCAGCCGGAACACCCACAUUUUAACAAUACUCAUUUCUGCCCAAUACAAGAAAUGGAGCAAAGUGGAGCCCGCCUGGUUGACGAGGAGGACUACCCGUGGAUUGCGAGGGUGGUACACGGUCGCCCCUUUAAAGAGAUCAUGGCACCUCUCAUCUGUACGGCGGCUGCGAUCGAUAAGGAAAUAUUUAUUACGGCCGCCAGAUGUAUCGCCACGGCCAAAGCCGAAUUUACAACUGUACUGUACCUUAACCGACAAAUAGGCGUGAAAGCGUUUAUUUUCCCGGUGGAACCGUCAAAACAAAUGUUUGAUGACGUUGGGCUGAUCGUUACCUGGGCCCCGUGGCAGAAUAAAACUAUACAUUAUGAAAUUAUCAACCUCCCGAAAAAUCCACGACCAGACGACAAUUCAUACUAUUUUUUCGAAGACUUGGUCGACACCAAGGCAAAAACCUCAACUCUCAUAGGAUUCAUUGAACUGGAAGAGUCGCCGGGGACUCAUAAGCUAUACAAGCUGGAAAAUAUGCACGCGAGCAAUAGAAUCUGCAACGAGAUCUACCCAAUGACGAAGAAUUCUGACGAUUACUGGGCGCCCUGCGUCCAUUUCUGUAGCCCCGAAGAACACGACAUGAACAGCGAGACUUGCCGCCGCUACCUGCUCGGACUGGGGCACAUGGUUGUCGACGAACAGACCAACGAACUGAUCGGUAUAGUCACGUGGACGUGCGCCAACAGUGCUCCAGACAGACUUAGUAGAGACAGGCUGCCAAUGCCUCUUGGGGUAGCGGUGCCUAACAGGAAGACGUUAAAAAUAGACAAAAACUGUGCUGAUAUGCUAACGAAUGAUAAAAUGCCACAUACUCAACUUACGCGUGGCUAUUAUAGGCAUUUGUGUAUGGAUAUGUAUUAAUUUUAAGUAUUGGAUUUUCUUCUUAAAAUUCUUUCAUGUCUACAUGAGAACAACUACUCACUAUAUUUUUUUCUGUUCUAUCAUUCAGUAAAUAGUUCCAAGCCGUUUCGACCCGUCCAACUUUUAAAGACAGCUCAGAUUAAAGGUGACAGUCCAUUUCCAACUGCAGCUGCACUACCGUUGCGACAUUACUGGUGCGACAUUACUGCAGCGGCCGACUGCUGCUGCUUGCGGCGUGCAGUCGCGGCAGCGUUCGUCAGUUGAUUGUCAAAGUCAAUGAAUAAUGUCACUGUCAGACGUAUAAAUAAAAUUACUGAUUUACUUAUUUGUAUAUUUUACGAGAAGAAGUAAGUGACGAUAAUGCUACAUUGUAUACGAAAAUGAAGAACAGAUUUGCCUUUCUACAAGAAUCACAGUCAGUCCAAGGCAGUUACGCAAUAUUAUUAAAAACCAGAUAUUGAAUUGUGAUCGUUUGUAUGCCGAUUAAAUAAAUAGCAAUUUAACUUCAAAUCGAAGAAAUACAACCAAAUUACUCGAAUGAAAUUAAUGCAGAGGAGCAAAUAUUUCUUAACUUAAGGUAAGUUAACAUUUUGAAAUUAUCUUCCCCAUCCUCUUGACUAAAUGCGUGACCACCGCGCACACAGCAACCCGACGAGAGCGGGACUCAUGUUGCUCGUGAUGGAUACGGUGUACGCUGGUUUGCAAAGAGAUUCGUGGGUUUCGGAGAUGGCAAUGCGACACGUAAGAAUAAAUUCUCCAAUGUAGACGUUCAGUGUUAGUAAAAUAUUACACAUUUAUCUUUCCGAG